GAGAAGUGUUGUAUAUUAAGCCACAAUUUUCAAAUAUAUCACUAGUUCACCAGCCAUUACGUGCUGAUUCAGUUGCACGUUUCAGGCACAACGAAAACUCAACCGUCUUCAGUUUCAAUAUACAUUACUGUUUAACAGCGUCAUCAGCGAAAAAUACAACAGAGACUAGCAUUCGGUAAAAUUACCAACAUAUCGUCAAAAAUCACGUGAAUAUCCAUAUUUUCAUUUUAGUAUUCGUUUUUAAAAAUACUAGAAGAAUUAAGCUAUAAUCACAUAUAAUUCAAUACAUUUUAGGUAGUGUAAUUCGAGUGCUAGGUAAUUUUAAUUUAUUUUUUUUAGAUUCGAUGCCUCGGGAUCUAUUGGUUUUACUACGUUGUAUGUAUUUUAUUUUUAUUUCUGUCUCAGAAUAACUUUUUUACCAUUAACUUGCUCCAAAAUGUGGACUGUACUACUUUUCUGAAACAUAAUUUUCUUCCAUUGGUGUAUUGGAAAGGUAACUUUACGAUUUUCCAGUGGGUUUUCGAAUAAUCAUCAUUUCUAUUAUGUUAAUACGAUUUUUUCAAUUGGAGAAAUUUUUCUCCAAUUGAAAAAUGACAAGUGAGUAAUUGUAAAGAUUUUAUUUUUUAAUAUCAUAUAGCUUGUGUUUUUUACCAUAAAUAUUGUUCCAAUAGAAAAACGUAAAAAAGAUAUUUUUGUUUAAUUUUAAAACUAGUUGGUGAUCAGGAAAAUCAUUUUUUAAUUUUCUUCGUUUUUUUUUUCAAUAAUUGAACAAAACCGAAAAGUAUAGUAAUAAUAUUUAAUCUAAUGUUAAAUAUUUUUACAAAGAUUUUUAAACUAUGUACUCGCAAUUAAAUUAACAAUUGAAAUAAAUACAUUAAUAUAAUCAAUAGUUAGAGAGAUAGUUACUGAGAUCAGAGUUAAUUAUGACAAAACUUAAAAAAGAUGGACAUAAUUAAUAAAAGUGUAUUUAUUGACUGUCGAAAUAUUCAAAAACUUUUUAUUAAUAUUAUUAAACAAUCUGGCGUUUAGGUGCUCCAGACACGUCUUUAAAGGCGUUUUUAGAAAUCCGCAUUUAUACCAUGGAAACCCCAAGACGGUUUGCUUAUUACGUGCUUUUCUAAAAUAAUAUUUUAUUGUGUAGCCUGUCAAUCAUGAACCCAUUUUAGGCUCAGUACUCUGAGCUACUUAAGUAUUCAGAAGUGCUUCAACACCUCUAUAUUUACAUUAUGUAGUUCCAAUUCCAAAACGAAAAAAAUAGUAUUUAAAUGCCGUACUAGGAAAAGGAGAUUGGUGCAGCAACUGUUAUAGGUAGUCAAAUACAUAAUCGUAAUUAAAAUCGGACUGAGAAGGUAUUAUAAGAAGUCCAUUUUUUGAGUUUUCUCAUUUAAUGUGAAAACCGGGAAAAAAAUAUAGGAAAACUCCGAUCUUAUCGAAUGAUUACAAUAAAAUUACGAAUAAGUCCCCAGUGCAAUUUGUCGUGUUACCUUAGCUAUCGAAAAACACUAAUAAAUAAUUAUUACGAGUAUUUGACGUCAUUUAAAAUGAGUAUUAGGUUUUGCACGAGGUGCGUUUUUUUAUAUUGUUGUCCACGAGUAGGCUUAAUCCACUGUGUUAAUUAACCUAACCUUAGCUUAGAUCUAUAAUAGUACCAUCUAUAAUAUAAUACGAUCACCAAUUCCUGAUCCUCAUUACUUGAAGUCGACAGCAGUAACUAAUAGUCUUCGUUCAAAAAUUUCAUGUACAAACAAGCUGGGAAAAAACCGAUGAAGGAAAAACAAGAUAUACGUAAAGAUAAACGGAAAAAAACUACUAUUGUACCGAUUAGACACAAUUAACUUGAGAAAAAGUUUAAAGGAAUCAUUUUACAAUUUCGAAAAAUAAAAAUUUAAAAAUGACAAUGAAUAAAAUAAAUUUAAGAAACAUAAUUUGUUUCGAUUCGAUUAAAUACACGUGCAAUAAAAAAAAAUUAAAAUUAUUACUAACUUAUUGCGAGCGCGUGGUUCUGAGAUAUUUAUUAUGUCGUUCAAAUAAAUAAAUAUAUAUGCAUUUAGAUGGAGGCAGCAAAUUCGCAAUCGAUAAAGAGUGUAGCAUGGCAGCCAAUCGCAGGUUACGCAGCGAUCGCUCUUUUCGCGUUAUGGUUCGGACACAGGUGGCUGCUGAAUCGAAAAGAACUUUCACACCGUAAAGUAUUGACCAGUAAAAUGAAUGGGCCUAAAGUUUGGCCGAUUGUUGGAAGUGCGCUUGAGUUAAUCGGGUCGGCCGAAAGUGAGUAGUAUAACUAGUAGAAUUCGUCAUUUAAAAGGAAUAUGCAAUAACCUUAGUUUUGAAAAUGUUGCAAUGACUGUUUGCCUCUCUUUAUUAGAAGAGUAUAAAGUAGAACAAAAUUGCACUCAUACUAAGCAAAUAUUGAGUGAUACUUUUUAUAACAUAUUUUACCGGUAUAGCUUUAUAAACAUUUUAAUACAUAAAUACACAAAUAUUCAAUUAUUUAAGUUAUAUUAAUACAGGUUUUAGUAAUAUGUGUACUAUUUCCAUUUUUUCCAGUGGUUGUGGAUAAAAUAAGGAAAAUGACAUUGGAUUAUGGGCCAGAACCGUUUAGGUUUUGGAUGGGUUCGCAUCUUUUAAUGUUCAUAACACGACCAGAGGAUUUGCAAGUAUGAACAUACUAUUUAAUAGGAAAAAAUCCUUGUAAAAAAACAUCGAAAAACCAAGAAAAACGUAUGAAAAACGAGAAAUAGAUAUAAUAUUAAACAAAUAUUAAUAAAGAAAAUAUAUAAAACACGUGUAAUUAUUUUACCACUAUACGAUUUAUAGAUUGUUGGCAAAUCAAUAUCAACCGAUAUCAAACUUCGCUCAAAACUAUAUUUUCGGUGGCAAUGGUUAUUCGAUCCAUAUUGUUAUGCAUUAAAUUCCUUAAAUACUAUAAUUAAAUNUCAAUCAAGUCCCUUUUGUAUCAUUCUCAAAGGUUUUCUUUUAUACGGCUAAACGUUUUACUAGCGUGAUACGUGCAUGUUUUAAUGAAACUUGCAGUAUGGACAAAUUUAAGAGAUUCCAACUUUACACUAGUAUAUACUGGCGACGCAAAUAUGUUUUUAUAGCAUAAAUGACCACUUACAUCUAAAUCCAUAUAUGAUAUUAAUGUACCUAAUAAUAUUACAUUGAUACAGUGAUAUUCGUCCUGUGCAUUUUUUUUUAUUUUACCUAAGCAAGUAUAGUAGACUUAACAGCAUUUACGAAAGUAAUUAUUUAAUAAACAACAUUUCUGUAUUUGUUUUAGAUCGUGUUAAAUAGUUCCAAAGCCCUGAAUAGACCGUGGAUUUAUGACAUGAUUUUUGAUGUAAUGGAAGAAAGUAUAUUCUUAGCUAAGGGUAUAUUUUAGUUACAAUAAUGUACAUCUAGAAUAUUACAAUAACAUAUCAUUAUUUGAAUAAUAUUACUAGGAUAACUUAGUUUAAGACUUAAAUCAAGGGUAGAAGUAUCUAUAUUAGAAGUGUAACUUCAUCCACAUGUAAAAUAUAUAAAAUGUAUACUUAGUAUAUCAAAUAUAUCUUGUAAUGCAUAGAUUGAUGAUCUCUUAAGGCAAAGAAAUUACUUUCUCGAAAAAUCGGAUCCAAAUAUCUUUUUUAAAUAUACAUUUGUGUCCACCAGUACAGGGAUUUAAGUUUAAUUUUUGAUACAUCUCUAUCAUUUAAUGAUCAUUUAAUGUCAUCUAUGCUAGGUUUUAUAAAUAAAUGAUGUAUAGGUGGUUUAAAUUUAAUUGUACUUGUAUCGUUGUUAUCGGUCAAUAUUUAAUCACAACUCAAUUAUUUGUUCACCAAACAUUCUAGGUUCAAUAAAAGCCAAAGUGCUGGUUCCGAAUAGAUUUGUGAAAAUAUAGUAAAAGCCGCUUUUACAGAACACUUUGGUAGCUAGGUGAAACGUGUCAACUAACAGAUUGUUUCUAAUAAACGAUUGGUUUUAAUUUCCGAUUUUCUUAAUACACGACUGUGCCGUCCCGAAAAAUUUUGUUUCAAUAACGCGAUUGUAUCCGUGAUCCUAAUUAGCGGCUUCUAUUGUAGUUUCUUUCAGAUGUGACAUUAUACGGCAAUCGUCCUUCUGUUACCGCCCUUAACUAACCUUUUUAACUCUUUUAUCACUCGAAACAAGACGAAGAAGUCUAUAUUUCUGUUGCAUUUUUACAUAACUCGAUGGAAAUAUUUAUUGUCAAAUUAAAUUUCGCAAUUUCUAGUCGUAGUAUUAGACAGUCAAAUAGAAGUUAUGUGUUAUUUCAGUUCAUAACAUUUAGUUUAAAUGCUCCUGUUAUUAGAUGAAUAAUACUUGUAAAAAAGUUUUUGAUGAUCUUCAAUUAUGUGCAAAUAUUAGUGUUAAUUAAGCAUAUUUUUAUGUUAUACUUUCUCUAACUAUUAAUAGCAUAACCGCAUUGUAUAAACCUAUGUAUAUCUUAUAUUAUCUUAUUGUAUACUUAUAAAUUGCAUUUUCGUUGGGCUGCUUUCCGUCUAAAAUAAUAAAUAAAUUGUAUAUUGAUAGGUAAAAGAUGGCGAAAUAAUCGAAGCAUAUAUAAUGCUUUCUUCAACAUCAAAACUCUACACAAAUAUUUCCCAAUUUUUCAAGAAAAUAAUAAAUUACUAAUCGAGAAUUUAAACAAGCAAGUAGUGAAAACGGAGCUGUUCGAUGUUUGGGAGUACAUCGCUGACACAAAUAUGGAUUCAAUAUUUCGUAAGAUAUAGUAGAUUAUGAUGUAAUUAAUUAAGAAUUCCACCAGAUUAUAAUGUGAUGUCGAUUAUUGAGGUUCUUAUAUAAUUUACCAGCCUCAACCAGCCACACGACAUUACCUAUAUAAACUACC